GACCCCGAGACGUCAGCCUACCAUACAUCCAUUACUUCCCUCAAGUAGAAGGAUGUCCCUGUGGAUGAAGCAGAUACCACAAUCCUCUGCAACAUCAGCACCAGUUGACCGCACCCGUGGAUUCCAGCCUCCCUCCGUUGUCACAUUUUCAGCCUCAUCCACAGCCCGUCCCAUCCCUCUCAACGAGCGACAGCACGCCUCCUGAAGCAGAAAUUCGUGUGGCACAGCAUCUCCAGAGACGCAAAGGACUGGGUUCGAUCCUGCAGCGCCUGUCAAACCUCCAAACCUCAGCGACAUACCAAAACGGGCCCCAGAUCUUUCCACCAGCCACAGAGGCAUUUUGCACCCUUCCACAUCGAAGUAGUGGGUCCCCUACCGCCAUUAGGACAUAACCACCUCUUCACCAUAGUGGACCGUUCAACUAGAUGGCCUGAAGCUAUUCCUAUGUUCAACACUUCCUGCGCUGCCGCUCUCCUCUCCAGGUGGAUUUUGAGAUUCAGCAUCCCUGCCCACAUAACGUCCGACCGAGGCACCUCUUUCACUUCGCAGCUCUGGACGUCCCUGGGGCAGCUAUUGGAUACCUCCAUCCAUCACACCACGGCCUACAACCUGGCAGCUAACGGCAUGGUAGAGCGUUUCCACAGAACCCUGAAAACUGCCCUGAUGUCUCCAUGUAGCAACUCAAUGUGGCUUUCGCAACUUCCCUGGGUCCUCGGCCUUCGAACGACUCCAAAGGAAGAGCUCGACGUCUCCCCAGCAGAGAUGGUUUUCGGCGACCCCCUCGUGGUUCCCGGCGAAUUCAUCUCCAGUGCUCCAUCCACCACCAGACUACGACGCAUCGUCGGGAAGUUCGCUCCCUGCAAACAGACCUACAGGCCACCCAAACACCGUUACGUCCCCCAAGGUCUACGUACGAUGAAGUAUGUUUUCCUCCGCACCGACGCCAACACGCCUCCCCUCACCCCUCCCUACUCAGGCCUAUACAAAGUCACUGAGAGGAAGGAGAAAACAUUCCUGCUGCAGAUUAAAAGCGCCAAUGAUUGGAUCUCGAUAGAUCGUCUAAAGCCAGCGUAUCUUCAGGACGACGAUCCCACUCCAGUGAAGGAGAUGUCGAACAAGAAGCACGUGCUGCUGAGUAUCGUGCUGGGCGGUGCGUACGUCCUCUACUUUGCGUCCGUCAUGGUCAUCAAAACAAAAAUCGAGGAUACGGAUUACUGGUGUGAUGCAGACGGUUUGCUUAUCAUUCUGACAAUACUGGUGGGAUUAGGACUCCUUUAUUUCCAGGUACUCAAGCCACUACUAGGCAAGAAAUUCACAGAAGUCGUCGUCAAACCGUGCAAGCGAAUACUCAGCCCAUUCAUACGCGGUCGAUUCGCAAGCCUUAUUGGGUGUUUGCUGGUGGCCGCGGUGAUCGUCGUGGUGGUGGUGGUCGACUCCUGGAACGACCAGAUACGACUGCAGAGCCUCCUUGGCAUGGUCGUGCUGCUGCUGCUCGGUUUCCUCUUCUCGGCGGCGCCGCGGAAGGUGCGAUGGCGCCACGUGGCCUGGGGAAUGGCGCUGCAGUUCUUGCUGGGCCUGCUGAUCCUGCGCUGGUCGGUGGGGCGCGCCGUGUUCCAGUGCGUGGCCGGGAAGGUGACCACGUUCCUGGCCUUCACCGACGAGGGGUCCAGCUUCGUAUUCGGGACGCUCGUGUCCGAAAUGGGAAUCUUCGCUUUUUCGGUUCUCUCAGUGAUCCUGUUCUUCAGCUUCUGUGUUCAAAUCCUGUACUACUUGGGCAUCAUGCAGUGGGUCGUCAUGAAGCUGGGCUGGGUCCUGCAGGUCACCGUCGGCACCACCGCCUGCGAGAGUGUCAACGCAGCUGCCAACAUCUUCCUCGGGCAGACCGAAGCCCCCCUGCUGAUCAAGCCGUACCUGCCGCUCAUGACCAAGUCGGAGCUGCACGCUGUCAUGACGGGCGGCUUCGCUACCAUCGCCGGCUCCGUCCUGGCCGCCUACAUCUCCUUCGGCAUCGACCCCGCCCACCUCAUCUCCGCCUCCGUCAUGAGCGCCCCCGCCGCCCUCGCCUACGCUAAGCUCUUCUACCCAGAGACUGAGGAGUCGAAGACGACCACCAGUGACAUCCAGAUCGAGAAAGGCGAGGAGUCGAACUGGCUGCACGCCGCCAUGGUGGGCGUGACCAACGCCAUCCCGCUCGUGGCCAACAUCGCCGCCAACCUCAUCGCCUUCUACGCCUUCAUCGCCCUCUGCAGCCACGUCUUCGACUGGGCCUGCGUGCUAGCCGGCGCCGAAGAGGGCCAGUGCUCGCUCGAGUCGUUGUUCGGGUGGAUCUUCAUGCCUCUGGCGUGGUUGAUGGGCGUGCAGUGGGUAGAGUGCGACAAGGUGGGCGAGCUGGUGGCACUCAAGACGAUCGUGAAUGAGUUCGUGGCGUAUGCGCGGCUGGAGGAGAUGCUCGAGGCCGGGGAGCUCUCGAAACGCGCCGAGAUCAUCGCCACGUACGCCCUGUGCGGCUUCAGCAACUUCAGCUCCAUCGGCAUCAACCUGGGCGGCUUCGGCGCGAUGGCCCCCGACAGGAAGGCCGACCUGGCCAAGGUCGUCGUGAGGGCCAUGAUUGCCGGAAGCGCGGCCUGCUUCCUCACGGCCUGCGUGGCCGGAACACUUAUCAGCGACCUUCCCGAGAGCUAAACCAGACGAAACCGUUUUUUUUAUAAGGAUGAUUGGACGGGCGCGAGGAGCAACACGUGGGCUUAGCGGUGUCUCCUCGAACCGAGGAAUAUCAUGUGUUGACUGUGAACUAUCGUUUUUGUACGGGACAUUGUGGCCUAAUGUCAAUAAAACCUCGUAAUGAACGCCCUAUGAUAUAUGAUACAACUUCUUCACGCCUCAAGAUUGCCCUUGCUUCGUAUGAACGUUUAUUAUAAUAAACACAAUUUCUUUUUA